UUCUCGAAAUUGAAUUAUAAAUUUAUUUGUUAAAAAUAAAUCAAUUUAAACAAUUAUUAAAGAAUAUAAAGUGUUUUGAUUUCACAAUUAAUUUCUCUUUAUUUUCUGUGAGAUAAUGAAAUAUUGUUUUAUUUAUUGGUAUAUUUAAUAUUAAAUUUGAACAUUACUGAAAGUCAGUUUCAAAAUUAAAAAUUUUUUAUUAUGUUUAAUAAUAAUUAAUUAUUAUUUAUUGUAUCAUAAUUAAGCUAAGGGAUAAAGAAAAAAAUAUAUAUAAUUAUAUUUUUAAUAACCAGAAUUUAUUGCAAAUACCAAUCAAAAGACAUAUUUCUGCAUCAGCAAAAAUUUGCAAGGUAGUUAUAAUUAUUUAUGCUUUGUGACAUUGUCAGACGAAAUGUGCAAAGUGACUGAUUAAUCAAGAGAUUUAUUUUGUUAUUUUCCAACUCUAUUUAAAUAGUAUUCUUUCACUAUACUUUAAUUAAAAAUUUAAGAAUAUGAGGACAACAUUUGCCAUUUUUUUCAUCUUAAUUAUUUAUAUUGUAUCAAUUUUUGCAUUUGAAUUGAAAAAUAAAAUAACAAAGGAAGAGACUUUUUUUGAUAAAUUGACAUCAAGAAAUAUAAAUAAAGAUAAAUUUUCUACGGAAAGAGUAGAAAGAGGUGAUUCAGAAUAUGAAAAAAUGAUGCAAUUAAUGAAUAUUAUUGGAGUGGUUGACAAUUUUAUCACAAAAAAAACUAAAAAUUUUAUUCGAAGAUUGACUGCCGUUUAUGAACAUGACGAUCCUGAUACAAAUUAAAAGAAACUUUUUUUUUAAUUAAAAAAAUGUUAUUUAUAUUAUUAUUAUUGAUUAUUGUUAUAUUAAUUAAUUAAACAAUCACGAUAGUCAACAUUUUUUGAAUAGAAAUAAAAAUCUUGUAUUUUAUAUUAAUAAAUUAUAAUUAAUUUUUAAUUAAAACUUUUAAAUGAUAUUUCUCAAUGAUAAAAUAUAAAAAAAUUAAAACAUUCCGAAAUUGAGCAACGGAUAUAUGAGAAUAAGUGGGGAGGGGAGGGACAAUGAGACAGUUGCAAUCAAAUUAAAUAAUAAAGAGCAUUUCACUUAUUUGAAAUUUCAUGAAAAAGUAUAAAUUCUUUUCAGAAUCAAUGUAUAAUGUAGUUAAAAAAAAUAACUCACCUUUUUCAAUAAUUGUGCUUGUAUUAUAAUAAUAAUUUAUUUUCAUUAAAUACCUUAUUGUGCUUGUAUUUUCUUAACUUUAAUUUUACUUUAAUAUUAAAAAAUGAUUCGCCAAUUUGUAAUUUUACUAUUCUUUCCAUCUUGGAUAAUGACCAUUGAUUAUUGUUCAAUUUGUAGUGAUCAUACAAUGUGCAAGUUUAAGGGGCCAGGAGCAGCUUGUGGACAUGAUAAAAAAAGCGGAAUUUCAAAUGAUGAAAUUCGAGAAAUUUUAAAAAUACACAAUAAUUUUCGUUCAACUGUGGCUUUGGGCAAAGAAAAACGAGGACUUCCAGGACCACAACCAUCAGCAGCUAAUAUGAAUGCAUUAAUUUGGGAUGAUAAUUUGGCUGAGGUAGCACAAAGAUGGGCGGAUCAAUGUACUUUUCAACAUGAUUUGUGCCGUCAAGAUCCUCGCUUUCAAGUUGGUCAAAAUAUAUACUUCAUUACUGGAUCAACAACAGGAAAUUGGACCGAUGCAAUAUCACUUUGGUAUCAGGAAGUAACACAAUUUGAUUCUCAAACUGUGGAUAAAUUAAUAUUUCAAUUUACAACUGGACAUUACACUCAAAUGAUAUGGGGAACUACUCGUUACAUAGGAUGUGGAAAAACAUCCUAUAGUGUAUCUUAUAAAGCUUUAGAUUACGAACAACAAGAAUAUAUUUUAUCAUAUAUACCACAAAAUCAAUCACUCACAAAUAACACAUAUUUAUAUAGAAAUAAUGUAUCAUUCUCAAAUUCACAUCUUCCAUUAAGUAACAUUAUUAAUGAUGAUGGAAAACAUAAUUUUCGAGAAAAUUUAUCACAUAUCCGAAUGAGAAAAUCAACUGUAGAUGAAUGGAUACAUACCAUGUAUAAUAUUAAAGGAAGAAAUCACAUUCUUGUUUGUAAUUAUGGACCAAGUGGAAAUUUCUACUAUCAACCAAUUUACAUCAGAGGUAAACCUUGUUCGCAAUGUCCUUUAGGAUUUCGAUGUAUAAAUGGAUUAUGUACCUAA